CGUCCAACCACCGUUGUCCUUUGUUCUUCCUCCUCGUUCCCUCCAUCUCCGUGACCGCAGGCACUACAUAGGCCUUGCCCCCCCUCUCCUUACUCACGACGCCCGUUUACACGCCCACGAUGUCUUUCUCUGUCCUCUCCGCUGCCUUCGCCACCGCUCUUUUGGCGACUGCCGGCGUGAACGCGGAAUCGCACACCGUUCGUUUCGCAAACCUGUGCGGAUCAGGAACACCCACGCUACUUGGAAAUGGAGGUGUGAUGUCCACCGGCCAGGACUACACGUCUGACGGUCCCUUCGAGUCAGCCAUUGCGUACUUGACGGGUGGCGAUGGUAUUACGUGUGGUUACAAUGGCGAGCAGUGCCUUCUCGUCGAGAUGACCUUGGGCAACCCUACCGUACCCGGUGGUGGCUCUUCCGUCGACAUCAGUGCCAUUGCUCCCCAUGCAUUCAACGUGCCGACUUCGUUCUCAUACUUCGGAUCCUGCGCCAACACCGGGGCUAGCUGUGCAAGCGAGGGCUGCUCCGAGGCCUUCUACCAACCGGAUGACAACCAGGUACAGGUUGCUUGCGAGGCCGAUAACGUCAACCUGCUCAUUGCAUUCUGUGGUGACGCGACGACGCUCAACCCCGAUGACUACGUGAACGGUGGUUCGGGCAGCGCGGCUUCCUCCCCUCCUGCUUCCACGUCCGUGGCUGCCAGCACCUCGGCAGCCCCGACCGUGUCGUCUUCGGCAGUCAGCACCUCUGUGGAUGUCUCCUCAUCUGCUGCGGCGUCCUCUGCGAGCGUGUCAAUUUCGAGCCCGCCCGUCCUCCUUCCCGUGUCGACCACCCUCGUGUCUUCUGGUGCGGUCUCAUCCUCCGCGGCAUCCUCCCCGGUUGUAACGUCCGCAUCCUCCGUGGUAUCCUCCUCGGUUGUAACGUCCGCUGCCGUUACGUCCUCCGCAAUCUCCUCGUCCGCUGCCUCCUCUGUCGUCACAUCGGCCCCGGUUGCGUCUUCGAGCUACGUCACUUCCUCCGUGAUUGUUACCCAGAGUGGCACUACCGCUGUUUCGUCCUGCCGCGUGCGCCCUACUGCCUCGGCUAGCGGAUUCCCGCUUUCUGGUUCGGCCGCUCCUUCCAGCGUUGCGACUGCGUCAGGCUCUGAUGUGACCAGUGCUGCUGUCUCUUCUGGAGAUGCUUCUUCUGCCGCCUCUUCGGCUGCCAUCUCCAGCGUCAGUGUCACGGACGUCCCUACCAGCGCCAGUGCCUCUUCGGCUGCUGCGAGCGCGGCUCCCACCGAGACGGACACGGGCGACGACGGUGAUGAUGGCUGCGGUGACGAGACUGGUACGGACGUUGCUCCCUCCAGCACCGACGCUGCUUCGGCUACCUCUGCUGCAGCAUCCGCCACGCCCACCGACAGCGACGAUGGCUGCGGCGACGAGACCAGCACCGACGUUGCCCCCUCCAGCACUGCUGCUGUGUCGGCUACCUCCGCUCCUGGUGUCUCUAGUUCUGCGGUCGCAAGCGCCUCCGAUGUGUCCUCCAGUGUUGUCCCGACUUCCUCAGCUGCCCCGUCGGCAUCAUCCAGCGCUGUGCCUAGCGCGACUUCGAGCGCGGAUGGUUGCGGUGCGACCGAUAGCACUGCUCACCGCCGGGAGCUCCUGGAGCGUCUCUCUGUGCGGAAGCGCGCUGCCGCUCCCGCGUACGACCUCGCAAAGGUCUUCACCUCCCGCCGCCGCCACGCGCGUGGUGCGUACCUCAACAGCAUGUAUGGCCACUGAGCCCCGGUCAUGUACGACUGGUGGCCACGGUCCGUGUCUGUGUGCCACCACCCUUCCCGUCCUUUCUCCCCUCCUGGUUCCUUGGAUCGUUUACAUUAUCGACCUCGCAAGCGAGGUUUGGAUCACGCAACUCGCCGGCAUCUUAGACUAGAGAUGUCGAGGCCGCGAUGCCCUGGUUAGGGAGACGAUAUGUGCUAUAUUGGGUGUA